GGUUUUUUUUGUUUUGUUACGUUCCGUGAAAAUUAAAAAGUAUCGGAGGCGUUAAAAAAUGCCGGAAAAUGACGUUUUCUACCAGGAAGCGGCGUCUAUCUUGGAGCUGGUCAUUGAGGCGGCCGUCGCUGUCGUCGGGACUGCGGAGGGGGAAACGUCAGCGGAGGCGCCGAGUAAGAAACUGAAGGCAGAUUUGACCAGCGUCACUCAAGCACUGGCGAGGGAGGCGGCUCGGAAAAUGGACGGCCUAUUCACCCAGCUGUCCACACCCGCACGGGCGGAGAACCUGACUCUGAAGACUAAAGUGGGGCGGCUUGAGAGCGAGCUGAAGAGCGUGGCGAAGAAAUUGGAAAACCUCAAGAAGUGCAAAGACAACAUCCUUAAAGGCUGCCCGGUCCUCUUUGAAGAAACGGGGCUGAUCUGGGCGUUGAAGCCAUGUGGGAAAAUGAAAGAAAGGGGGGACGGAGAAGCUGAGCGAGCAGCAGUAGCGCCUCCCGUUGUGCUACAGAACGGGCACGUCACAGGCCUUCUUGAGGACGCGAAUCAACAAAAUGCGGCUGAGCUGAGCCAACAGCGGGGGGGAAGGCCAGUGAUGACCGAGGCUGUCCUCGCAGUGGAACGGAUUUCACGUGAGCUCUGUAGUCGGGGUUUUCCUGGAAAAGGAGAGCUGCAGAAGCACACGAGGGUUCACGUGAAGCCUCCCCAGUGCGACAAACAUUCUGCUGUGCAGAAGUCCUUUGAAAGGCAAAAGGGGCCCGGAAAACCCACGCGUAAGAAGGAGUUCCCCAAAGAGCAGUGGCUGCACAACCACCACCAGGAGACGCAGAAACCAAGGAAACCAGCCUUCCAGUGCCCGGUGUGCGACAAGGCCUUCAAGGCCCCCGCCCUGCUGAAAGCUCACAGUGUCGUGCACUCGGAAGAGAGACCGUUCAACUGUGCCACUUGCGGGAAGUGCUUCAAGACCAGCUCCACCCUUAGCUUCCACCAGACGGUUCACACAACCGGGAGAAAAUACAAGUGCUCCAUGUGUGAGGAGAGUUUCAGGUACGCCUAUGCGCUUACCGUGCAUAAAAGGAAGCAUACGGGCGAGUGUCCAUUCGAAUGCUCCGUGUGCAACAAGUCGUACAGGACCGGCACCUCUUUGAGGAAACACAUGCUGGUCCACACGGGGGAGAAGUCGUUUAUCUGCCACAUAUGUGGGGCGAGGUUUGGCCUGCAGAGGAACCUGGUGAGGCACAUUCGCCUCCACACGGGGGAGAAACCCUUCAAGUGCAAGGAGUGCCACGAGAGUUUCUCGAACAGCAACAAGUUGAAGUCCCACAUGCUCGUGCAUGGAGCCAGGAAGCCGUUCAUGUGUGACCUGUGCGCAAAGACCUUUCUCUACAACUGCCACUUGUUGCUGCAUCAGAAGCUGGUGCACGGUGACGAUCGAGACCAAACGGGCGGUGGGCAAAGAGCGGCGAGGGGCCAACGGCAAAACAAGCCGUCGGUAAAACCGUUCGGUUGCAGGCUUUGCCUGAAAAGGUUUUCCUCCGCGUCGUCGCUUAAAGUUCACCACGGCACUCACAGUGAACGCAGGUACCACUGCGGACCGUGUGGGAAGUCUUUCCGCAACAAGCAGUCUUUCAGGUACCACCAAAGAAGCCACACGGGGGAGAAACCCUAUAGUUGUGUCGCCUGUGGGAAGAAUUUCAUCAUAGCCAGCAGGCUGAGGGUGCACGAGAGGAUACACAGAGGGAGAAACCCUACAGAUGUGAACAGUGCAGCAAAGCCCUCGGGUCUAACAGAAACUACCAGGCCGGCACCUGAGGAUUCACACGGGGGGGGAAGCCACACAGAUGUGAACAGUGUCUCGAGAGAUUCAACCAAGCAGAUGAGCUCAGGUCCCACAUGCACUUCCCGUUUGGGAUAA